UUUUUUGUUAGACCUCAGCAUCUCUCUCUCUCUCCUAAGAGUUUUGAUUCUGAGAGAAUGGGAAGACAGCCUUGCUGUGAUAAAGUGGGCUUGAAGAAGGGACCAUGGACAGCUGAGGAAGACAAGAAACUCAUUAACUUCAUCCUCACCAAUGGCCAAUGCUGCUGGAGAGCUGUUCCUAAGCUUGCAGGAUUGCUGAGGUGUGGGAAAAGCUGCAGAUUAAGGUGGACCAACUACCUCAGGCCUGAUUUGAAGAGAGGCCUCUUAUCAGAAUCUGAAGAGAAGAUGGUCAUUGAUCUCCAUGCCAGUCUUGGCAAUAGGUGGUCUAAAAUAGCUGCGCAUUUGCCUGGCAGAACUGACAAUGAAAUAAAGAACCAUUGGAACACCCACAUUAAAAAGAAGUUAAAGAAGAUGGGCAUUGACCCCAUUACACAUAAACCAUUCUCUCCUUCAAUUGAAGAACCACAACAACAACCAUCACAAAAACAACAGCCACAUCAACAACCACAACAAGAGCAAUACAAUACUCUACUUUCAAAAGAAGAAAAAGGCAUUACAAGUGCAUUGAAUUCUAUAGAAGCUGAUGCUUUCCUCAGCAAUUCCCCUGUCUUUUGUACUGAUGAGGUCCCUUUGAUUCAACCCAAUGAAAUCCUAGUCUCAUCUGCCUCUUCUUCAUCUUGUUGUGAUUCAAGCUCUUCCACCUUGCCUGGAGAACUUGACUUCUCUAGUUUGGAUUGGGCAGACCCUAUGUACUUAUGGGGGAUGGAUGAUUUCAACGGAUGGGAUUUGAUUUCUGAUGAUGGUGACAGGAAACUAGCGGUUGAUCCUUUCAAUCAGUAUGAUUCGUGGAAAUUGGAGCUGAUGUGAUUGAAUUUCUCAUUUGGGUCUGUUUGGAAUUGGAAAAUUCAGAGAAUAAUCCGGCAAUUGAGAAAUCCCAUCAUGAUUUUUGCCAUUUUUUCUCUGUAGAGUGGAGUUUUAUGGGUCAUUUUCUGUAAUAUCUUUCUCUUUGAAAGUAAGAGAGAGAGAGAGAGAGGUAUGAGAAUUUGAAAUUUCUAUAAAUUAUUAUAGCUGCAGUUUGCAGAUUGUAAAUGUGGAAACAAGGAGCGUUUGAAUGCAAAUAAAGCAAAUCUUAAAUGCAAUUUGGAUUUUUCCUUUUCA